ACGAAACGAAGACCGGCUCCUUUCCUUUCCAGCUUCGAUUCAUAGAGUUGGUUCUUCAGUACGAGAUUCGGAUCAUCGUAAAAGCGAUGUCUAGGCAAGUCGCGAAACUUGUCGGAUCUCUGCCUUCCAAACUCCGCUCUUCCGUGGCCAGCUCAGAGCUAUUAUACCCAUCAUGCUCGUCUCUCACUUCGCUGACAAAGUCUCGCUCCUUCGGAACAACCCCUCCGCCUCCCGCCGCCGUCUUCGUCGACAAAAACACCCGCGUCAUCUGCCAGGGUAUUACCGGAAAGAACGGGACUUUCCACACUGAACAAGCCAUUGAAUACGGCACCAAAAUGGUAGCGGGAGUGACACCAAAGAAGGGUGGAACAGAGCAUUUGGGUCUUCCUGUUUUUAAUACAGUUGCUGAAGCUAAGGCUGAGACUAAAGCCAAUGCCUCUGUGAUCUAUGUGCCCGCGCCUUUUGCUGCUGCUGCGAUCAUGGAAGGUGUGGCUGCUGAGUUAGAUCUUGUUGUCUGUAUUACGGAAGGGAUUCCACAACAUGACAUGGUUCGUGUAAAGGCUGCUCUUAACAGUCAGACUAAAACUAGGCUGAUUGGUCCUAACUGCCCUGGGAUUAUCAAACCUGGCGAAUGCAAGAUUGGGAUCAUGCCGGGGUACAUCCACAAGCCGGGGAAGAUAGGGAUUGUUUCUCGGUCUGGUACAUUGACAUAUGAAGCUGUUUUUCAGACUAGUGCAGUAGGCCUGGGACAGUCUACGUGUGUAGGAAUUGGUGGGGAUCCUUUUAACGGCACAAAUUUUGUUGACUGCUUGGACAAGUUCUUUGUUGACCCUCAAACAGAAGGUAUCGUUCUCAUUGGAGAAAUCGGUGGUACUGCAGAAGAAGAUGCAGCUGCUUUGAUAAAGGAAAGUGGUACAGACAAGCCUGUGGUGGCUUUCAUUGCUGGACUCACUGCACCACCUGGUCGUCGAAUGGGUCAUGCUGGAGCCAUUGUCUCCGGUGGUAAGGGAACUGCUCAAGACAAGAUAAAGAGCCUAAGAGACGCUGGAGUUAAGGUGGUUGAGUCACCGGCUAAGAUUGGUGCGGCAAUGUUUGAGCUUUUCCAAGAAAGAGGUCUCUUGAAGUAGAAGUGAAUAUGAACAACAAAUGAUUUUUCAGACAAAAAAGAUAUUUUGCAUAGAGGAAGAGGUUCUCUUUCUUUGGCCUUUGCUUUCAUUAUAUUAUUACUAAAAAUGAGAAUGAAAUCAAUUUCACGAGUUUCUUUUUCUUUUGAGCGCUAAAAGUCAUUUACAUUAUGUGGUAAUUUAGAAACUCUCAUCUACUAGUGUCAUACUGAUAACUAACUCUUGGUUUGAA